UCACCGAAGGGUUUACGGGUUUAGUGGUCUUGCAGGCACGCACGCCGGGAAUUGAAUAGACGUCGAAUUGCUCGUAGUCGCUGGAGAUCCGAAUUCCUGUCGAGAGAUGGCGCUCAGAUUGGGCUUCAGUCCUGCUUUGACCAUCCCACCUGCCGGACCUGGAUUUGGCCAGGCUAGCUCGGCGAAUGAUGCUGGCGGGGUUAUGCUCUGCUGUUCUUCGAGGGUCGAGUUUCCAGACAGGGUGCGGUAUGGACUUGGUUUGAGGAGCAACGAGAAGCUGGAAUUUGGCGAUGGUGGGUGUGGAAGAUUAGUUGCACGAAGAAAAGCUUUCCCCCGAAGGCUGAAUGUUGCCCGAAGUGCAAAUGUUGUCUCUGAGUCUGAAAACAGGGUCGGGUCAUUGGAAGCAGAUGUUACAGGGUCCGGGGAAGUUGAAGUAAAGGUAGAGGAGACGCAAAAUCAGAGCGGGGAUGCAGAGACUCGAGCCGAGGAAAAUGUCGAGGACGAGGAAUUGGAAAUGGGAUAUAAAAUGAGUAGAGUUUGUGACCGGUUGAUAGAAGUCUUUAUGAUUGAGAAAAAAACCCCUGUUGAAUGGAGAAAGCUGUUGGCUUUCAGCGAGGAGUGGACUAGAAUAAGACCUCACUUCUACAAGAGAUGCAAAACAAAUGCGAAGGCCGAAGAAGAUCCGAAGAGGAGAGGCGACUUGUUGAAGCUCGCACGGAAAUUGAAGGAGGUUGACGACGAUAUGUUGCGGCAUGACGAUUUACUUGCAGAAAUAGAGAAGACGCCAUUAAAUUUAGACAUAAUUGUUGCCAAGCGACGGAAGGACUUCACCAGUGACUUUUUUGAACACUUACACACCCUUUGUGACGCCAGUUAUAGAAAUCUCAAUCGGCGAGAUGAAAUAGCGGCGAUUGCAGGAAGGUGCUUGUCAGCCGUCGAAGCGUAUGAUGCCGCACAAGAAGAUGACGAAUACCUCGCCGAGGCGCAGCUGAAGUUCGAUGACAUUCUGAACUCACCUUCGUUAGAAGCCGCGGCGAACAAAAUUGACAAGUUAGCUCAGAGACAGGAACUUGAUUCAACUUUGAUGCUUCUCAUCACUAAGGCGUGGGCAGCAGCUAAAGAAUCCACGAUGAUGAAGGAAGAGGUGAAAGACAUCAUGUUUCAUUUGUACAAUGUUGCGAGGGGUAACAUGCAGAGACUUGUACCCAGCGAGGUUCGCAUUAUCCGACAUCUCCUGGCUAUUCCGGACCCGCGUGAACGAUUUGCCGCUAUGACGGAUGCCUUUUCUCCUGGAGAUGAACUCGAGGGGAAAAACAAAGACACGCUAUACACGACCCCGGAGAACUUGCAUAAGUGGGUGAAGAUUAUCUUGGAUGCUUACCACACCAAUAAACGAGGGACUCUCAUAAAAGAAGCACGAAAUCUCAUGAAUCCGGAAGUCAUCAGCCGACUGGAAGUGUUGAAGGAAGUUCUCGAAGACCAGUUCAUGUAAUAUGAUCUUUCGCUAGCUAGACAGCAGAAUAGUAGAGAUUAGUUGUGAAGUCUAUAAUUUACGCACCUCUUACUGUUUAGGUGCAUUGUCAGUUUCAAGUCGUAAUUGCCCCCAUUUACCUAAAACUAAGCCCUGUACUGGGUGAAAAUAUAUUAAGGUUACUUCUCUGUACUUCUAGUUAACCUCAUCAAUUUUUUUAGCAGGUUGUCUUCUGGAGCACCCGU